UCUGCGCUAAGGGCAUGUUUGUCCCUGGUCACUCCAGGUAGUGGUUGCUAUUUGGUCCCAGCAAUGAGCUGUACCCAGUUAAUGGGGUCUUGCUUCCCGUGGCGGCUGGGCAUGGGCGCCCCGCGGCACCUCUCAGCUUAUGGAAGAAGAAUCAGUGUCAGAUUUUGCAGCUCAGGAAUGACUUUAGACAAGACCAGUCGGGCAGCUGUAGAUCGAAUCAUACGGGUGGAUCAUGCAGGUGAAUAUGGAGCAAACCGCAUCUAUGCAGGACAGAUGGCCGUCCUGCGUCGCACAAGUGUCGGGCCAGUCAUCCAGAAAAUGUGGGAUCAAGAAAAGGACCACUUGAAAAAGUUCAAUGAAUUGAUGGUUGCGUACAGGGUCCGGCCGACGAUUCUGAUGCCCUUUUGGAAUGUGGUGGGGUUUGCACUGGGCGCGGGAACCGCCCUGCUUGGGAAGGAGGGAGCCAUGGCCUGCACGGUGGCUGUGGAAGAGUCCAUAGCACAUCACUACAACAACCAGAUCAGGGCACUGAUGGAGGAGGAUCCUGAAAAGUACAAUGAGCUACUGCAGGUGAUAAAGAAAUUUAGAGAUGAAGAGCUUGAGCAUCAUGACCUAGGCCUUGAACACGAUGCAGAGCUGGCUCCAGCUUAUGCUGUUUUGAAGAGGGUUAUCCAAGCUGGAUGCAGCGUCGCAAUAUAUUUAUCAGAAAGAAUUUAAGGAGACAUGUGAUUUUAAAAUUGGACACCAUCCAAAGAUGAUGCCAGCAUGACAAAGGAUAUUAUUCCUGCAAGCAGUGUAGUUCCAAAGAUGUGAUCUGAGCUGUCGUUCUUUGCAUAUGUGACUCCCUCUCAAAGUGUGGUCCGUGGACCAACAGAAGUGGUGUCGAUAGUGAGCGUGUUGGAAGUGUGAAACUUUGGGCUCCUCCCCAGACCUACUAAAUCAGAAUAUGCAUUUUAACAAGAUAUGGUGGUUUUAAAGUAUGUCCACAAAUUCCUCAAUACUCCUCUCUUCAGUGGAAUCCACUUCUCCUUGCCCUGAGUGUGGGCUGUCCUUAGUGACUUGUUGCAAAUAUAAUGGAAAUUAUGGAGUAUACUUCAAGGCUGGUGGGUCGUCAAAACAUUUCAGCUUCCAC